AUGCCUCCAGGCAUGCAGGCUCAGCAGGCCUUCAGGCAUGAGCCCAGGAACCUUACUGUGCGGAUGGGAGCCACAGCUGAAUUGAAGUGUGAAGUGUUGCGGCCCUCAGGGACCGUGCAGUGGGUGAAAGAUGGCCUCGUUUUGGGACCGGAGAGAAGUCUGCCAGGCUAUUCACGCUACAGCAUGACUGGAAAACUCAAAGGGCAGUAUAAUCUUAGGAUUGAAAACGCCCAACUGGAAGAUGAGUCCUUCUAUGAAUGUCAAGCUGGCCCAUCUGAGAGCAGUGAAGCAAUCAUCUCCAAUACAGCCUGGGUGACCGUGCUAAUUCCUCCUUCCAAGCCUUACUUUAUCGUGGACAUGGCAACACCUUGGGUGGCAGGAAAGAAGUACUCCAUCACCUGCGUUGCCCCUGAUGCAAAGCCUGAGGCUGAAAUUACACUGUUUAAAGAUGGAGUCGAGCUGACAGGUGCAGAGUCUUUCACCAUGUCUGGCUCAAAGGAUAAGCUUCAGAACACGCAUGCUGAAGUAAAGGUCACCGCUCUGAGUUCAGACAAUGGAAGAGAGUUGAUGUGUCGUGCCAUGAAUUCUGCCAUUGCCAGACCUGUGGUAACUACAAUGACCAUGAGCGUGUACUUCCCACCCCAGCCUCCAGUUAUUGCAGGUCUGAGUAAAGAUGAAGUCCGAGCAGGGAGAAUACUUGUGUUGGAGUGUGAGUCUCAGAGUGGAAACCCCUUAGCUAGUCUCAGAUGGACCAAGAAUGGAGAGGUUCUCUCCACAACCUGGGAAGAGGACAUUUCAUCCCAGAAAGCCAGAAGUGUCCUCAAACUGAAGAUCACCCCUGCAGACAACCAGGCCGAGCUGUGCUGUGAAAGCUUCAAUAUGGUGUCCUUGUCACCUCUGUCUGUCACCCGUGUAAUGACUGUGUUCUUUGAGCCUGCAGAGCUGACACUGUCAGGUUCAUUAGAGGCCAUUGAAGGGCAGGAGUUGACUCUGAGCUGCUACGCCUCCUCAAGUAAUCCUCCUGUCGACAUUCGCUGGUGGUUGGGGUAUAAGGAGCUCAACAGCACUGCUCCAUAUAGGGAAGAGGGAGAAUAUGGUGGGGUGACAACCAUCUCCAAUAUGACCCACCUGUUCUCGCGGGAGGACAACGGGCUGAAGCUCACCUGUGAGGCUUUCAACAAGGGCACACACUUCUCCAAAAUCAAGGACGCUACAAUCAUUGUUUAUUACCCUCCUAAAAGAGUAUGGAUUGAUGCUCCACCUGAAAACAUUCCCAUUCGUGCAGGGACCACGGUCAGUCUUGUUUGUCAUUCCACCGGUGGAAAUCCGGCUGCAACCCUAUCCUGGUACAAGAAUGGAAAGGCAGUGUCUCAUGCACAGAGACAGACCUCUUCUGGUAUGGGUGUAUCUCGAGAACUCAUCCUGGUCCUGACAGCAAGUGACAACAUGGCCAAUUACCGCUGUGAUGCCACUAAUGAGGCAAAGAAGACCAUCUCUGCACACACCAAGCUCCUAGUUCAUUUUACAGCAGUGAGUAUGAAGAUUACAACCAAACAGGAGGUGCUUCGUCGGGGUGAGGAGCUAAAGCUGGAGUGCCUGUCUGGAAGCAGCAACCCAAAGGCCAACACAACCUGGAGUCUGGGCACAUUCAGUUUUCAGGGAGUCGAGAAGGCAGCUAAAAAGGAUUUGUUUGGUGGUGUUUCGGUAACCAGUACUCUAUCCCUGAACCUGAGCUCACAGCACCACAAACAGAAAGUCAUUUGCCACGCUUACAGCCCUGUGUUGGCAGAAGGGGCCAAAACAUUCUACCAACUCGAUGUGCUUUACCCACCAGAAUUCAGCUCUGACCAGCCAACAGAGGUCCAGGUGGUGGAGGAUGACAUGGCAACCAUCCCACUGAUGGUCUCAGCUAACCCAGAGGAGGUCUCCUGCAUUUGGCUGCACCACAGGGAGAUGCUGGUCAAAGGGGAGGAUCUGCGUUAUCACUGGUUGGAUGACCACUCUCUGGAGAUGAAGAAUGUGACGAGAAAAGAUGCUGGAGUUUACAAUAUCAAGUGUGAAAAUGUGGAAGGUGUCAACAAAACCACUGUCAUGCUGGAUGUUCACUAUGCUCCCAGUGUCAAAGCAGAGAAAGACCCUGUGUUUGUUAACCUUGGGGGAAUAGCAGACCUGAUAUGUGUGGCAGAUGCCAACCCUAUUAUAUCUGGGAUGUUCUCUUGGAAAUGGCUGGGAGAGGAGGAGGUGGAGAUGGGAGAGGAGACCCAGGAAGACGAAUCAAGCCUCCUGACCAUCCGUGAUGUGACUCGAGCUCAUGCUGGGCUUUACCAGUGCAUAGCUGAUAAUGGCAUAGCACUCCCUGGCAGUGUAGAUGUGCGACUGGUAGUUCAAUUUAAACCACAGCUUCAGAAAGGACCCCAGUGGAGGAAGGUAGCAAGUAGAGGAGAUGGCACUACUACCGCUGAACUAGUUUGUCAUGCUGAGGGCAUUCCCCGUAUUGACUUCAUUUGGGAAAAAAAUGGUGUACUCAUGGAUUUGGAAAACCCCAGGUAUGAGGAGAAGACGGUGAGGGAAGGCUACUUCCACACCAGCACACUGCAAGUCGUAAAUGUGAGCUCAAUUUUGGACUAUGCUGUCUUCAGCUGCACUGCUCGCAACUCACUUGGGGAAGACAAGCUAGACAUCCAGCUCGUCAGCACAAAUCAUCCGGAUCCACCUUCAUCGUUUGGCCAAGUCAGCGUCACCCAUGACUCCGUCACUCUAGAGUGGAUUCCUGGCUUCAAUGGUGGCUUGCGACAGAGAUUUCGUAUAAGGUACUGUGGGGACCGGUCAGUCAGCUUCCAGUAUGUGGACGUCUUUCCCCCUGAUGCCACAAACUUCACUGUCUCUGGUCUGCAGCCUGUCACAACCUACAACUUCUCUGUCAAUGCUCUUAAUGCAAUAGGAGAGAGUGAUUAUGCUGACAACAAUGCAAUACUGACCAUCACCACCAAGGAGAGGCCAGCAUCAGAAGAGGGUCCACCAGAGGAGGACACCCCAAGUGCAAGUGGAUUUCCAACCUCUUUGACUGUAGUGCUCGCAGUGGUGUUUGGAGCCUUGCUGCUGCUGAAUUCACUGGGCUGCUUCUUUAGAUUGAAGUGGAAAAAGAUGCUAAAUCAGACAAAGGCAGGAGGGAGCAGUGUGGUGGAUGGACAAAAGAAUGAAGAGGAUGGGUCAAGUCAAUCAACUGUUGGAAACUCCAAUAAGUAUGAGAGUCGAGAAAAGAUCAACACUGCAGCCCAGCGUACCCUUCUCAUCGACUCUGGAUCUGAAACAGACAGCAACCUCUAUGAGAGCUAUGCAGCGGAAAGCUCCCAUUAUUAUUACCCCUUUGGUGACUACAAGCCUUAUCUCAGCCCGCACCCUGAGGAAAGACGUGGCCUUGAUGUCAUCCACCUCCCUGUGAACUCUGAAAGCCAUCUGUAUGAAGAGGUAAAAGGUGGGAGAGUGUACCAGGACACAGUGGCUUCCUCCCUUCUUUUCCCCCAACUUUUGUCUGACCACACAUUGACUCCACACAAGAAUGACUGGAGGUCAACAACCUACGCUCAGGGUACUGAAAACACAAGGCAGUUCAUGGCUGUUCAGCAACCACAGAGGGAUUAUGAGCUACCUUUUGAACUGCGAGGAGAGUUAGUAUAAAAUGAAAAGAUAAGGUCAAAUAAAUGCCCUCUUGACUCAUCACUUGUCAUUAAGUAUCAUGCCAUGUAGCAGAUAUGCACCACUGUUAUUUUUUUCCUUCUUGAAUUUGAUCGCACAAGAUGCCAACAAUGGUCCUGUGAAGAGCAACACACCAUAUAAUCCAGUAUUUUAGUUUUUGUGAUUUUUUUUUAUGCAUUUAUACUUUUUAUUGUGUACAGUGCAACAACUUAACAUUUUCCUCAAAGGUUGAAGAUGACCUAACGAACAGCGCGGCAGGACAAACUGAGUCUGAAAAGAAGCCAGGAAAAACAGCAGAUUGAUUUGAGAGAAAGAUUUGAAAGCCUCAGUUACCUCUUCUAGUCAGGAAUGUCAAAAUGAUAACAUGCCUUCUCUUUCAAUACAAAUCUUUAGAUAACAUUUUUAAGCUUAUUUUGUUCCUUUUUUUCAUAUCUCUCUUCCUUUUUCUUUGCCCUUAAUUCAACUCCUUCCUCUUCAAGUGAUGGUUACUCCCCAUAGUUCCCUCUUUGCUGGCCUGCAGGUAGACAUGAAUCAGUUGGUUAGAGAUAAAAAUGGACUGACGUGUGUAGCACUGGAGCAGAAGCAACACAGCUCACAAUGCCACCCAAGCACACAUCAUCCUUUUGACCCAACUGACAUCAACAUUUUUCAGCAUGUAUCCAGAUGAGAACCUGAUGACAGGGCUCUGCUCUUCCCCUGAGCACUACAAAGAAUUUUAAAACUCACAGCUGGUGUGUGGGAAUCCACACAAUGGGAUCAUAUUGAGUGGUAUUUAGCAGUUAUGUCUUCAGGAGGAAAAAAAGCCAUAUCUACAGUCAGACUCUAAUCCUGUUUUCUCUCGGAUUGAAGUUCAGCUCAUGUCAGGGAUGGUGAGAGUGUGCAGUCAGUGAGAGAUUAAGACCAGAAAAGGGUUUGGUUAAGCUGUUAAUGUGGCCACUGCUAGAAAAAAAAGGAAAAAUAAGAGAUUCUUCUCUAUACUGUCAGGAAAAGCCUUCUCUGCAAAGCUUAUAAUAAUUAUCUAUAAUUAUUAACUUACUUAUCGUCAAGGUGUUUUCAUACAAAA